CAAUCCGAGCAUAAAGAAGAGAGAAGACGGAGAAAAUGAAAAGAUUCCAUUUUUGUCUGUUUAGCAUCAUCAGUUUGGCACCACAACCAUAUUUGCUCCGGCAUUUUAUCAUUAUUGUCUCAAGUGAAGUGGGCGGCAGUACACUUUCCUUCUUUCUUUCUCUCUCUCACUUUGCGUCUAAUCAAUCGCACUAUCUGAAGGUUCAGUAAUGGCCGCCUCCGCCUCUCUCUUUCCCCUGCCGUCACUCAUCACAUUGCAAUAUUAUCACCCGACCAAACUUCAAACUGUUGCCAGAUUCAAUCCCACUAUUGGAAGCUCUCGAUACAACGCAAUCUGCUGUUCCUCUUCAAAUGGGCGAGGCUCCGGUUCAGCUGACAAUGAUGUGAAGAGAGUGGAGAAACUAUUAGAACAGAAGCGACGGGCUGAAUUGUCUGCACGCAUUGCUUCCGGAGAAUUCACAGCUCAGCGAUCUGGAUUCCCAUUUGUGUUGAAGAAGGGUUUGUCAAGUUUAGGAGUUCCUGAUGGAAUUGUUGAGUUCCUAUUCAAGUGGACUGAUAACAACGAAGACUAUCCAAAGAUUCCUGAGGCAAUGGGAUCAAUUAGCUCUAUAAGGAACGAGCCAUUUUUCCUUCCACUCUAUGAACUCUACCUUACGUAUGGUGGAAUUUUCAGGUUGACAUUUGGGCCUAAGUCAUUUCUUAUAGUGUCUGAUCCUUCCAUUGCAAAACAUAUUCUGAAGGAUAACUCAAAGGCUUAUUCAAAGGGUAUUUUAGCUGAAAUCUUAGAUUUUGUGAUGGGAAAGGGACUUAUUCCAGCUGAUGGGGAGAUAUGGCGAGUGAGAAGGCGUGCUGUAGUUCCAUCGUUGCACCAGAAGUAUGUGUCAGCAAUGGUGGGUUUGUUUGGAAAAGCAGCAGAUAAAUUAUGCGUGAAGCUUGAUAGUGCUGCAUCUAAUGGCGAGGAUGUGGAGAUGGAGUCGCUAUUCUCCCGCUUGACAUUAGAUAUCAUUGGAAAAGCCGUGUUUAAUUAUGAUUUUGAUUCCUUAGAAAAUGACACUGGGAUAGUCGAGGCUGUAUAUACUGUACUGAGAGAAGCAGAAGAUCGAAGUGUUGCACCCAUCCCAUUCUGGGAGAUACCUAUAUGGAAAGACAUAUCACCAAAACUAAAAAAAGUAAAUGCAGCACUAGAUCUGAUCAAUGGAACACUUAAUGAUCUGAUUGCUAUAUGCAAGAGACUGAUUGAAGAAGAGGAGCUGCAGUUUCAUGAAGAGUACAUGAAUGAACAGGAUCCAAGCAUUCUUCAUUUUCUCCUGGCUUCGGGAGAUGAUGUUUCCAGCAAGCAGCUUCGUGAUGAUUUGAUGACUUUACUUAUAGCUGGACAUGAAACAUCUGCUGCAGUCCUAACAUGGACAUUCUAUCUUCUUUCAAAGGAGCCCGGUGUCAUGUCUAAGCUUCAAAAUGAGGUUGAUGCUGUUCUGGGAGACAGGCUCCCCACCGUUGAAGAUAUGAAGAAACUUAAAUAUACAACUCGUGUAAUUAAUGAAUCUUUGAGGCUUUACCCACAGCCUCCAGUUUUGAUUCGACGUUCUCUUGAAAAUGAUAUGCUUGGAGACUACCCGAUAAAAAGGAAUGAAGAUAUCUUUAUUUCUGUCUGGAAUUUGCAUCGUUGUCCAGGACACUGGGAGGAUGCAAGCAAGUUUAAUCCUGAAAGAUGGCCUCUAGAUGGACCAAACCCUAAUGAAACGAACCAAAAUUUCAGUUAUUUGCCUUUUGGUGGAGGUCCAAGGAAAUGUGUUGGUGACAUGUUUGCAACAUUUGAGACGGUUACAGCAGUGGCAAUGCUUGUUCGGAGAUUCGAUUUCCAAAUGGCACUUGGAGCACCUCCUGUUGAAAUGACCACAGGAGCAACAAUCCACACAACGAAAGGACUGAAUAUGACGGUUACAAGACGAAUUUUUCCUCCAAUUGUGCCUACUAUCUUGGAGAAACCAAUAUUGGAUUCAGCUACUACUUUAAGUCUUUCCUGAAAAGAUCACAGCUUGCAAGUCUUGUAACAUUCAUUAGACUACAAAUUCAUUGUAAAAUCAAACGAAACAAAAGCAAAGGAAUGGGAUAUAAAAUAACAAUGCAAUGGUGUUAGCUCUUCAACAUAGGGCAAAACAAACCUAUAUAGAAGAGCAGAAAAUAUGUUCAUUUUUUCAUAAAAUAUUAUUGUGUCAUUAAUUGUAUGA